UGAUUCCCACGGUUCUAGACAUAGUGGUCAACGUCCCAGGAGGAAAUCAGAUUCUGCUCAAGGGAAUAUCAACAGACCGCAUAUGGGAUGUUCGACGGCUCCUGGCCGUACACGUGGACACAUGCCACUUCACCAACUUCUCCCUCGCACACGAGGUCCGCGGUCCUCAUCUGCGUGACUCCGUGGAUGUGGUAGCACUGAAGCCUUGCGUCCUUGACCUUGUUCAAGAGGAGUACACGGAGGUAACAGCCAAGGCCCUCAUCCGCUGUCUGGUGUUGACAUCGUGUCCUCAUCCCUUAACUGGCACUCAACUCUGUACUCCCCUCCCUUCCGCCCUGCUCAACUCUAUGGUGAUUCCCCAUUAUGCAGAGGAGUACACGGAGGCGUCUGCCAAGGCCCACAUCCGCCGGCUGCUGGACAUCGUGUCCUGCACUCUCGCCUUCGGACCCUCGACCAAGCAACGCGAGGAGGCUCAAGCAGCAGCCGCUGCAGCAGCAGGUGCAGAAGCAGCAGAAGGAGCAGCAGCAGCAGCAGCGUCUGCACCCACAUCCGGUUCCCCUCACCAAGGCAGCAAUGCCGGCUCGGCAGCAACCGAGCCUGCAAACCCAGGCGGUGCUGACUCAUCCCUGGCUCCCCUCCAUGAGCCAGCCCCCGAGGCAAGCAGCAGCGUGGCGGAAUUUGGUAAAGUGCUGGGGCUUGGGGACGUGGGCGGCUUCCUCAAGAAGAAGCCGGGCGAAGCAGCAAGCGUGGAAAAGCAGGCAGGCUCGUCUGGAGAGGCGGGGGGACGGUUGACAGGUGGAAAGCACGGCGACGGUGCACUAGCCGAGGUUGAGGGGAGCGGAGCAGGAGGAAGGGAACUGGCAGUGGCGGGUGCAGAAAGGCCGCAAAAGAUGGGGAAAGAGCUGGGGAAGGUGGGGACGGAGGCGGGGAUAGAGGUGGGGAAGGACCUGUUUGUGACGGGCGCGGAUGGCAAGCGGCGGUUCAAGGGGAAGAGGGAGGCUGUGGAGGCUAUGGCGGCGGCAGCAGCGGCCACAGAGAAGGGUGACAUGACAGGGAUGUUCCCUGAGGAGUCGAAGCUGGGGGAGUUUUACGAGUUCUUGUCUGCUGCUUACCUCACUCCGCCCAUUCAAGCCAUCCGCAGGUCCCUGCGCGGGUCCGCCAAGACCAAGGGGGCAGAGAAAACCGGCGCACAGGACAUGCCGGAUAUGGGCGCUGAGCUCUUCCCCAUAGAGGUGCGGCUGUGCACGGGCAAGAUGGUGCUGGUGGUUGCCACCACACAGGGGUUCCUGUGUCCCAGGAACAGGCUGCACGCGCCCUCACUCGUGGGCCUUCUGCGCCUCAUGAGCAAGCCCUUCGCCAAGGCCUAUGACGACUUGCUUGCUCUCUUCCUGGAGAGAAACAAGUUUGGCAACACACCCUACGGUUUCAGGUCCAACACGUGGGUUGUCCCUCCACUCGCAGCUGCCAAUCCUUCCGUCUUUCCCCAGCUCCCCAUGGAAGAUGAGGUUUGGGGAGGGAACGGUGGUGGUCAUGGCUGGCAGGAGGAGCAGGAGGAACAGGAGGAGCAGGAGAGAAGGGAAACGAACUCAAGUGAGAGGGCAGUAGCAAGCAGGGACUGGGCGAGGGACUUUGCAGUGCUCUCUCUCCUCCCGUGUGACACUCCCGAGGAGCGUGUGGUGAGGGAUCGCAAGGCGUUCCUCCUGCACUCCCUCUUUGUGGAUACAGCCACUCGCAAAGCCGUUACCGCCAUCAACACUGCUGCUUCUGCAGCAGCUUCUGGGGCGGCAGCAGCUGUUGGGGCGGACACGGCUACCGCAACUGAGGCAGUGUCGCUGGGUCGGGUUGCCGAGUCUGGAUUCUCAGGUUCGGUAGCAGCGGUGGAGGAUGGGGUUCUGCUGGUGGAGCAGCAGGGGGGGAUGCGUGUGACUGUAAUGAAGGGCGAGGAGGACCCAAGUGGGAAGCAAUGUGCUACUGUGCAACCCUUGAGUUGCAACCUUUGUCUAUCGUUCUGCCUCUCACUCAACCAUGUUCCCCCACACGACCUACCUUUCCCCCCACUCUCCCCUCCCCUCUUCCCCUCCCUCUCCUCCUCCCCCUUUCCCACCACCAACACAGGACUUGAGUCCCUCGGCACAAUCAUCGAUCUGGAGUCCCUGGGCACAGUCAUCGUUCACCUGCAGGGCCUCACCGCGCGAGUGACAGUCCCGGACGCCCCUGCUCGCGCCCAGCAGCUCCAGGCGCAGCUGCAGGCGCUGAGAGAGAAGAAGGCGGAUAGAGAUGGCAAGGAGGGCAGGACGGGUGGAUUGGCAGAGGAUGGGGAGGAGAAAGGGGCUGGUGAGGAAGAUGGUGGGGUAUCUGCAAGGGAGAGAGAGAGGGUGGCGGAGCGAAAGUCUGAAAGGGAGGAGGAACGGAAGGAGGAGGAGGAGAAGGAAGGGGAGGAGAGGUUGUUGGAGCUGGAUGUUCCAGAGCAGGAAGAAGCAGGCGCCAAUGCACUGAACGCCAACAGCCCUGCUUCAAGCAGCACCACCACAAGCAACGCUACCACGAGCGUCCCUGCCACUUCUCCUGCUCCAGCUGCUGCUGCUGAUGCAACUCUACAUCAGGUGCUGUCUAUUGGGCUGGCCCGUCUGCAGCAGGAGGCGGAAGCCCAGCAGAGGGAGCGGCUGGCUAGGAAGAGUGCUUUAAAGGAGAAGCUUGUAGAGGAGCAGGAUGGAGUGGCGGAGGGAGGGAAGGGAGUGGAGGAGGGGGUGAUGGUGGUGAAGGGUGAGGCAGCUGGGGCCACAGAAGUUGGCGAAGAGGGUGCAACGGGUCAAAGUGGUGCAGAGGUGAAGGGGGUCGGAGAUGGAGCAGCAGCAGGGGCAGCUGGGCAGGCGAAAAAGGUAGAAGCAGGUGAGGCGGAGAAGAAGGGUUUGAAGGAGGGGGAGGAGAAGGAGGAGGGGAAGGAGGAUGAGGAUGUGUUUGGGGAUGGCAUACUGAGGUGGGAGCUGGGGGCGUGCUGGGUGCAGCACCUGCAGAACCCACCCAAGGAGGAGGAGAAGAGCGCAGAGAGUGGUGAGAAGAAGGAUACAGAAGGGGGGGCUCAGAGGGGAGAAGUCAAGGAUAAGGAUGACGGUGUGAAGGCAGGUAGUGGAGAAAAAGAGGGGAAAACGGAAGGAGAGAAGAGCGGGACUGUUGCAGCAGAGGCAGGAGCAGGUGCAGCAGCUGCAGCUGCCACUACUGCUGAUACUAACACGUCUGCUUCCACUACAGGAGUUGUUGUCCCCGCGACUGCUGGUGUGGGCGAGGGGGAGGCAACAGUUGGGAUGCAUGGGGAGCCCUUGGCAGCAGGCAGGCAAGGGGAACAGCUGCUGGAGUUGCUGGGCGAGAGCAAGUAUGAGAAGCUCAAGAAGGCGGACGUGGGACUGCAUGUUAUGACCGUCCAGGAGCUCACGCAGGGAGCUUGGGACUUCUACAGGAACACUGCCCUCUCUAAGCUGGUGUCUGACUUCGCCUCGCUGGAGCUCUCCCCAGUCGAUGGGCGCACACUCACUGACUUCAUGCACACCCGCGGCCUGCGCAUGCGAUCCCUCGGCAAAGUGGCUGCACUAGCAGACAAGCUGCCCCAUGGGGCAACUGCUUUUUCAAAUAAUGAUGGCAGCAAGGGGGAGGAGAUGAGAGCAGGGGAUGCGGAGGCGUUGCUGGGAGGCAUGGUGUGGCGGUGGGUGCGUGUGUUUGUGCGAGUGCGGUUUGGCUUCGACCUGGACGAUGAGGCGCUGGCGGGUCUGCGCAUGCUCUCGCUGCUCCGAGCGCUCUGCCUCAAGGUGGGAAUUGAGAUCGCCCCCAAGUCGUACGACUUCAACUCGCCCACGCCCUUCCAGGCGACUGACAUAGUCUCCAUGGUUCCCGUUCUCAAGUACGUGCUGUGCACAUCAGCUGAUGGCCGCACGCUGCUUGAGGCGUCCAAGGCAGCUCUCGACAAGGGCAAGCUCGACGAAGCAGUUUCCUGCGGUACCAAGGCCCUAGCGAAGCUGAUAGCGGUGUGUGGGGCGUAUCACCGCAUGACAGCAGGGGCGUACAGCCUGCUGGCGGUGGUGCUGUACCACACAGGGGACUUCAAUCAGGCCACCAUCUACCAGCAGCGUGCUCUCGAUAUCAACGAGAGAGAGCUGGGGCUGGACCACCCCGACACCAUGAAGAGCUAUGGCGACCUGGCUGUGUUCUACUAUCGCCUUCAGCACACGGAGCUGGCAAUAAGGUAUGUGCAGCGAGCGCUGUACCUGCAGCACCUGACGUGCGGGUCAGAGCACCCCAACAGUGCAGCCACAUACAUCAACAUGGCCAUGAUGCUGCACGGCCUCUCCCAUCUCCACCUCGCCCUGCGCUACCUGCACCGCGCGCUGCGCUGCAACCACCGCCUGCUGGGCCCCGACCACAUACAGACAGCGGCCAGCUACCACGCGAUUGCGAUUGCCCUGUCUCUCAUGGACGCGUAUGCGCUGUCAGUGCAGCACGAGCAGACCACACUGAAUAUCCUCCAGGCGAAACUGGGCCCAGACGAUCUCAGGACUCUGGACGCGGCGGCGUGGCUCGAGUACUUUGAGAGCAAGGCAGCGGAGCAGCAGGAGGCAGCCCGCACAGGCACGCCCAAGCCAGACGCCACCAUUGCAUCUAAGGGGCACCUCAGGUGUUGCAUUGAGUCUAUGUCAAGAGAAGCAGGAGGCGGCCCACACAGGCAUGCCAAGCCAGACGCCACCAUUGCAUCUAAUGGGCACCUCAGCGUGUCGGACCUGCUCUCAUUCAUCAACGACGAGGAGCAGGGGCGGCUCGUGUCGGACCUGCUCUCAUUCAUCAACGAUGAGGAGCAGGGGCGGCUGUCUAACCUUUUCUAUUCAUCACCCCCUCAUUCUUCUCCUUUCCCCUCUCUUUCUUUCUCUUCUUCCUCCUCCCCCCACCAUCACCGCCCAGCGUAUCGGACCUGCUCUCCUUCAUCAACGACGAGGAGCAGGGGACGCCGUCUGACCUUUUUUAUUCAUCGUCCCUCCUCUCUUUCCCUCCCCUCCACCUCCCCAUCACCGCCCAGCGUGUCGGACCUGCUGUCAUUCAUCAACGACGAGGAGCAGGGGCGGAGGGAGGUGAUUCAGGAGAUCAUGCGCAAGCGGGGCCGACGCCCCUUGCUCAAGGUACGUACACGAGGCACUGACGCCCCUUGCUCAAGUUAUGUUGCCUUGGUGAUCUCCCCCGCUGCCUCCCCUACGGUCCUUGCCUUGGUGAUCACUCCCUUCCCUUUUAUCCCCUCCUCCCCGUCCUUCCCCCACAAUCCCUCCUCCACCCCUUUUCCCUCACUUCCUCCCCUCCCCCUCCCCUUCUGUCUCCCCUGCUUCCCCAUUUCCCCUUUCCCCCCUUCCGCUUCCUUCUUUUCCCCCUCCCCCCUCUCUCAUCUUGUCUUUCAGUCCAAAGGCGAUCGCCUCAUAGCAGCGGCGCCUCACAACACAGUCACCGGUGGAGAAGAAACAGCAGAGAAAACCAGCUCAGGACUGGUCGAGGCUUCUACUGGCGAAGUUUCUGCCUCUGGAGGUGCUAAUAACGGGGUCACUGAGAGUGUCCCUGCUCCUGCACCAGCACAAGCAGUAGCAGCUGCAGCACAAGUAGACGCCGGGUCGAGGCCGCUUCUCAGUGGUGAAGCAGCAGCAGCUGCUGCUGUUGCUGCCCACGCUCCUUCGUUUGCUGCUGCUGCUGCUGCUGCUGCUGCUUCAGCACCUGCUUCCGCUUCUGCUGCUGCUGGAGCGGCAGCAACCGCAGUUGCUGCUGCUGCUGCUGCAGCCACUGCAGCGGCAUCUGGUGCUGCAGCCACUGCAGCGGCAUCUGGUGCUGCAGCCACUGCAGCUGCAUCUGGUGCUGCAGCCACUGCAGCUGCAUCUGGUGCUGCAGCCACUGCAGCUGCAUCUGCUGCUGCAGCCACUGCAGUGGCAUCUGGUGCUGCAGCAGAGGAGGAUGACUCUGACGGAUGGCAGACGGCCUGCAGCCGCGCUCACAGGCACAGCCACCAGCGCAAGGUGGCAUCUGCUGCUACUGGAGCAUCAGGAGCAGCAGCAGGAGGGAUGGGCGUUGGGGGGGUUAAGGCUAGUAGGGGCCCCAUGACCCGCUCCUGGAAGGAGAUCGCUCUUCUGCCACCUGGCAAAACGGCAUUGGCUGCUGCACCAGCGGUGCCAGAAUCUGCGGCUGGAGUUUCAACGACAGCUGAGAAUGGCCCUGCCAGUGCGACCACUGCAGGAGGCACGAGCAGUGGAAGCAGUGACAGCCCAGAAGCACCUGUAGCAGCUGCAGCAGCCACCGGCAGCUCUGGAGCAGUCACUAGCACGAGCCCGAGUUGUGCCGCAGGCUCUGAUGCGGCUGCCAACUGUAAAAGCCCUGCUGCUGUCGCUACAAGCACUGCUGUCGGUACGACCAGUGGCGACAAGACCGCUGGAACAUCAGGGAGGACGCAGCAAGCGGAGCAGGUGGGAGGGACGAAAAGUCAAGCUGAGGAGAGCGGUGGUGUGGCUGGGAAGAAACUAGUGGGAGAGGAAGUGACAGCGGGGGUGGGGGUGGCCCACCCACACCCUCACUCUCAUGCCCACUCGUACCAACUGCAGCAGCAGCAGCAGCAGCAGCAGCAGCCGCAAGACCUGCAGCAGUAUAGCCAGCAGCAGCAGCAGCAGCAGCGCUACAGCCACCGCUACAACCGUCCGGCAUUCAUCCCCCCCAGGUUCCUGCGCAAUGCAGCCGCUACAGCUGCCGCUGCCGCUGCUGCUGCAGGCUCUGGUGCAGCCAUGGGAGGCGCACCUACCUUACCUACCAUACCUGCUAUGCCUGCUGUGCCAGUGUACAUGCCUGUACACAUGCCUGUGCACAUGCCACUGGGAGUGCCUGUGCCUGGGGGGGUGCUGAUGCCUGUGGGUGGGCCUCUGCCUGUGGGUGCACAUGCUCCGCCUGUGGUUAUGGCUUCCGCCAGUGCUGAUCCAUCUGCCUCUCCUGCUGCUCCUGCUGCUCCAACACCAGCCAAUUCUGAUGCCAAUCUGAUGCUCUUUGGGGACGAUUUCCCUCCUCUGCCGUCUUCUGCUGCUCCUGCUCCAACUGCUGCAGCGACUCCCACCACCAUCACGCCAUCCACUCCUUCUGCUACUGCCCCCACAUCCCCUGCCGCCACAGCCCCCACACCUGCUCCAGCUAUUAAGCCCAUGAAUCCUCACGCUCUCGAGUUCGUUCCAGGAAAGAACUGGGGUGCUCUUGGGCCUGCUGCUGUAGCAACCCAUCCUGCUAACUCACAAUCCGCAGUGGCAGCAGGAGCAGCAGUGGUGGCAGAAGCAGCAGGAGGAACGGGAGGAGCAAAGGUGGUGGGGUGGAGAGCGGUGCUUAGUGGUGGUGUAGGUUCUGGCAGCGGGAUGGCUGGGGAGGGGACUGCUGGUGGUGCUGCUGGUGGAGCUGCUGGGAAGGUAGGAAGUGGGGAGAAGGCAAAGGCACAUGGCAAGAGAGGGAAACAGAGCAAGGGGGGCAAGCACGAGCAGCAGUGGGAGCGCAAGGGGAAGAGCGAGCAAGUGGGGGCGGAGGGGGAUGGUGGUUCUGACCCUGAGAAAGAUAGGGGUGCAGAGGAAGGGCAAGCGGUUGAAAACGAUAAGGUAGAGAAGGAAGGCAAGGAGCAGGUGGAGGAGGAAGAGGAAGGGCAGGUAAUUUCAAUGCUCUCUCUGAGCGAUUCUGGGAGUGAUCCAGAGAGCGAGGAGGUGAAAGGGGAAGAAAGGGGUGAUGUGGAUGACAAGAAUAGAGGGAGUAAGAAGAUGGAGGGGAAGGGAGGGAAAGGUGAGCAGGCGAAGGGGAGGCAGGAGGCAGGGAAACCUGGCAUGAAAGUGUCUAUGUCCUGGGCAGAUAUGGCUGAUGUCAUGGAUGAGGAGGAUAGGGCGGAGACGAUCGAGAGGAAGGGAGGGAAGGUUCAGCAGGCAAAGGGACAGCAGGCGGGGAAACCGGGGAUGAAAAUGUCAAUGUCUUGGGCAGAUAUGGCUGAUUUGAUGGAUGAGGAGGAUAUGGCGGAGGCCGCAGCUGAUGCUGCUGCCAUGGAUAAGGAGGUGGCACACGCAGCAGCUGUGGCCGCACAGGGGAGGGGCCUACAGGGGACUGAUUGCACUGGUGGUGGGAGAGCGGCAAGAGAGGGGAGGCGGCGUGGUGGGAGGGGCGGGGGGAGAGCGCAGGAAAGGGGCCAUGGGGCUGUGGAGGGUGGGGGGGGGCAUGGGGGGGAGCAUGGGGCAGCAGAGAGGCACAUGAAUGGGGGACCUGCUGUUGGUGUCGAGGGGGGAGCGCAAGGGGGAGGGGAAGGGGAAGGGAAGGGUGUGGAGAAGGGGGAAGGGAGAGGGGAAGAGAAAGGGGAGGAAAAAGGGGAGGGGACAGGGGAGGGGGAGGAUGGAUUCACAGUGGUGACGCCUAGGAGGAAGAAGCCUCCUCGCAGUACAGGCCACGGACGACAGCACCACCGCAGGCGUUAUCACCAGCGUCGCGGGGGUAAGGCGGCAGGAGAAGCAGCAGCAGGGGAGGAGGGGGCAGCAGGUGCAGGAGGGAGGGGAGGAGCAGGGCAGGCAGCAGCAGGUACAGCCACAGCCACAGCUGCUGCUACAGCAGCAACAUCUGCACCAAUCCCUGCUGCCGCGUGA